UCCUUCUCACCUGGUCCCACUGCUCAUGUCACGCGUGGGGAGCCCACACCCUCCCCCUCUCUUCUCCCCUUCAUUAUAGUAAGGCCCCCAAAGCUCCUCUUUGAGAUUCUCCCUCACACAGCCACAGCCACAGCCACAUCCACAUCCAUGGAAGAGUCACUGAUGAAGGGGGAGGAGGAGAGGCUUGGAGGGGUGGAGCUGAGGGUUCUGCUGGUGGAUGACUCCCCUGUGGAGAGAAGGAUUGUGGAGGGCCUCUUCAAGAGCACUGGAGACAUGUUUCAAGUUAUAACGGUGGACAGCGGACGGCGAGCAAUGGAAAUUCUUGGACUAAAUGAACACAAAACUGAAUCUCCUGAUGUUGUUGAGCACAAGGUAGACAUUAUCCUCACUGAUUACUGCAUGCCAGAGAUGACUGGCUAUGACCUCCUAAAAGCUGUCAAGAACUUCGACAGGACCAUUCCUGUUAUCAUAAUGUCAUCAGAAAAUGAACCGCAGCGCAUCAACAGGUGCCUAGCUAUUGGAGCUGAGGAUUUCAUCAUCAAGCCUCUUCAAACGAAUGAUGUUCUACGGUUGAAGAACUAUGCUCGACGAAGUGCAAUAUCACCUAGGAAUGGCACCAAGAGGAAAAUGACUGCAGAGUUGAUGGCAGAGAAUGGUGCGACUGACAGAAGACCUCGCCUUACUGGGCUAGCUGUGGCAUGACAAUAGUCAUCCGUUCCUUGAUGUCUUUGCUGCCAUAAUGCUACUAAAAGAUCAUCAAAAAAAGUGUCUAAUGCCAAAUAAUGUCUAGCAUUGCGUAUCUUCUAUGGGACUUUCCUUGUUUUCUCCUUAGAGCAAGUUUGGUGUGAUUAAUGGAUUAUCCAUAUGAUAAACUGUUAUCUAGCCUACAUUAGUUUCCUUAUUAAGUUCCAUAAAAAUGGGUGAAUUUGCUUUUCA